AGUGUUGUUCUGUAACUCACUGCUUGUUUGAUUACGUUCACUAGUGCCACUACUGCUUGUGUUGUUAAUUUCACAACAAAUUAAGUUCUAAUUGUUCUGAUGGCACCACAAGACAGAAUCCUUGUGAUCGGACCCACAGGAGCAAUUGGAAGACAUGUAAUUUGGGCAAGUGUCAAAGCAGGAAACCCAACAUACGCUUUGGUGAGGAAGAACAGUGUCACUAUUGAGAAGCCAAAGCUCAUCACAGCUGCUAAUCCUGAAACCAAAGAAGAGCUCAUCGACAACUUCAAAAGUUUAGGAGUUAUUCUCCUAGAGGGUGACAUAAGUGAUCAUAAUAGUUUGGUUAAGGCAUUGAAGCAAGUUGAUAUUGUCAUCUGCACAACAGGAAGACUUUUAAUUCUAGAUCAGGUCAAGAUCAUUGCAGCAAUCAAGGAAGCUGGAAACAUCAAAAGGUUUUUCCCUUCUGAAUUUGGGUUAGAUGUGGACCGCCAUGAAGCAGUGGACCCAGUGAGGGAAGUUUUCGUCGAAAAAGCAGGAAUCAGAAGAGUAGUGGAAGCUGAAGGAAUUCCUUACACUUACCUCUGUUGCCAUGCCUUCACUGGUUACUUCUUGCGUAACUUGGCUCAACUUGAUGCCACUGUUCCUCCUCGUGACAAGGUCAUCAUUCUAGGAGAUGGAAAUGUCAAAGGAGCUUAUAUCACUGAGGCAGAUGUGGGGACUUUCACCGUCUUAGCCGCGAACGAUCCCAGAACAUUGAACAAGGCUGUCCACAUAAGACUCCCUGCUAAUUAUUUGACAGCAAAUGAGAUCAUGGCAUUGUGGGAGAAGAAGAUUGGGAAGACUUUGGAGAAAACCUAUGUUCCUGAGGAACAAGUUCUUAAGGACAUCAAGGAAUCUGGUUUCCCUCACAACUACCUAUUGGCUCUGUACCACUCACAGCAGUUAAAGGGAGAUGCAGUGUAUGAGAUUGACCCUGCCAAGGAUGCUGAGGCUCAUGAGCUUUACCCUGAUGUCAAAUUCACCACCGUAGAUGAAUAUUUGAACCAGUUUGUCUGAAUUUUGAGAAAAAAAUGAUUUAUCAGGCUUUAAACUAUUUCCAUUGUUUGUUAUUUGUGCCUGUCCUCUCGUGAAUAAUCACAUCCCGUUGAUGUAAUUCAUUUUGAAUAAUAUAAUCUCUUUUGUCCUCC